AUGUUAAAAAAUGUUCUUUCUACCGAAAAUUUUUAUUAUUCAAUUGGAAUGGACAUUUCACGUUCAUUUCAAUGGUUAAGUGAAAAUGCUUCUCCAGAAUUACAUUCAUUACCUUUACUUCAAAAAGUUGAUAAGAAAUUUGUUUGGAAUGCAAAAUUGAGUGAAAAAUUUGAUACUGUUGAGUUCUCCAAGUUUAUUCAACCUCUAAUUCACGGAUUUGUUGGAAUACGUCGUUGUCGUGUAAACAAUUUAUCAUUUAAUUUGGCAUUAAUUUCUAGGAGAUCAGUUUACAGGCCCGGAGUUCGUUUUCACACUCGUGGUGCUGAUUCAGAAGGAAAUUGUGCAAAUUUUGUGGAAACUGAACAAUUAGUAGAAUUUGAUGUUGGAGGGAAGUCUUCUAAUUCUUCUACUAAUAAUAAAAAAGUGGUUACUUCUAGACAUAUUGCUUCCUUUAUUCAAAUUCGAGGUUCAAUUCCACUUUAUUGGACUCAAAAACCAAAUCUUAAAUGGCAACCGACACCAAGUUUGAAAUCUAGCGCUGAUGAACAAUUUAAUUGUUUUAAACAACAUUUGAAUAAUUUAUUGGAUUGUUAUGGAAGAGAUGCUUUGACUGGAAAUCCUAGAAAAAUUCUUCUUCUAAGCCUUUUAAAUCAAUAUGGAAGAGAGAAGAAUGUUGGCUCACAAUUUCGUUCAGUUGUCGAAAAAAUAAGAAUUCCAAGUGUAAAAUAUAUUGCAUUUGACUUUCAUCGGCAUUGUCAGUCGUUAAACUGGAAAAGAUUAUCCUAUUUAAAAGAAGAAAUUAUGCCUGAUAUUCGACAAUUUGGAUUUUUCUCAACUCAUUUAUCAAUACAAGGUGAUUUUUGGAUUGAGGCUAAUCCAGAAAAUAGGCAAUAUCAAAAUGGUUUUAUACGUACAAAUUGCAUGGAUUUUCAACUUCAAUAUUUUGGUAUUAUAAAUGAAUCAGUUUUUAAUUUUGAUGCUUGGCCAGAAUUUGUUUAUACGUUUAAAAAUUUAUGGGCAGAUAAUGGUGAUAUUUGUAGUAAACAAUAUGCUGGGACUGGGGCUUUGAAGACUGAUUAUACACGCGUUGGAAAACGAACUUUUGGUGGAAUGGUUAAUGAUUUGAAUAAUUCUUUGACUCGUUAUUUUAAAAAUAAUUUUACGGAUGGUUAUAGACAGGAUGCCCUAAAUUUAUUUUUGCUCAACUAUACAGUCGACAGAAAUAGUUUACCUGAGAGAGCAGAUCAUUCAAUAAUUAAUUUUGACAGUAACGGAGCGGCAAUUGCUGGAGCAAUAUUUUCUGUGACUAUGACACUUUUAUGUAUUUUGAUCUCAGAUAAUAUAAGUGCUUCAUUCUUUUGGUUUGUAAUAUUUAUUUUAUUUAUGGGCUUUAUUUGGGUUAAUGGAGAUGAUUUUGUUGAUAAUCCAUUGCUUAUACCGACGUCAGAAAAAAUUGGAAAAAAGGAUUAA